CAAACAAUAACACACAUUUUGUCCUUCACGGGUCGUUAACAGACGUUGUUUUGAUCUGUGCACAGCUUACCCUCGCACAAAGCAGGAAUUAGCAAAAUGUCUCGCUUUCUGCGCCGGCUUUUUUGCUGCUGUUUCCCGAAGGUUGACGAUGACGUGGAGAGACAAGUCGUGCCUCGGGGGGGCACAGAUUGGACCCGACCUUCCGAUACUAACAGAAGUCCUGCCCCUUUACAUAGCAGUGGUAUUACACAAGCGACUACUUUUUAUAGCAUUACUAAUAGAAUUGAACGCAAACAUGGCAUCGGCGCCGGUAUUACAAAUGACACUUCUAAGACCCCAAGUGUUAAGAGGCCUGAUACGAGUGUCAGCAGAGAGGGAAUCAGCAGCGGUAUUAAAGAAGGUACUUCUAGUUCCAAAAGUACUCGGGCGCCUGAUACCAGUGAUGGCAGGCGGGAGGUGAUCAACAACCGAGUGUAUCACAUACCCGUGCCCCAGGUUCCCUUUAAACCAGAACGCAAAAUAUCUGUGGAGGAGAGGCCUGCUUACCACUUCAGCUUCCCCGAGGCCGAGAUUUCCAUACGACCAGAGUCCAAAAGGGAAACCUUGGCAUCCAAAUACAGAGGCCAUCCAUCUCUCAGUCUGCACUACGGUUCCCUCGACCUGGAGGAGGUCAUCAAGGACAACGGGGGGCGCCCUCUACUGGACCUGCAUGGAAUGACGGUGCGGGAGGCCAAGGAGUGGGUCGAGUAUUUCCUCGACCUGCACCAAGACUUGGGGACAGACAGCCUCAACGUGGUGACGGGGCGAGGCAACAACAGCACCGACGGGAAGGCCAAGCUCAAGCCUGCCGUCGAGAAACUGCUUCGAGAGCUUGGACUAAACUUUCGGGAGAUGAGCAAAGGGGGAAGAUUCUUGGUGCAUUUAUGAGGGAGGAGGAGGGAGGGUGAGGGGUAGAGAGUAAGGGGAGAGAGAGAAAGAGAGGGAAGGGAGGGAAGGCUAAAGAGUAGG